GCUUCGUUUUACAAACUGAACCGGCGCCUGAAACAAGCUAAGGUCUCCUCUACCUUUGCCUCGUAGCUGAAUUUCUGUCGUCGGUUCAAACCCACGCGAUUUUUUGAAACGAAUAUUUGUGUCAAAGUGCGGAUGUCACAAUAUUUGUUUUUCAAAAUGAAUAACACGUAGUUUUGUUUGCACAUAUGAAUCUUCACGACAGCUCUACACGCAACUCAAAGAACACUCAUCACCAGAGGCUCUGAAACAAUCACACAGUGUUACUUCCAAUUUCAGGCCUGUUUUCAAUAUUCCAGGAUCACAAUCGCCAGAUUACUUAACAAGGUAUGUUUCCAGCGAAGGGUAAAUUAGGUUAUUUAUUCUAUAGCCGGUUUUACAUUCUCGUAAGCAGAAAAUUUUCUUUUAGAAGAUUUUAGCUUGAACAGGUUUAAUGAGUCUGUUUUUGUGAAUAAUAGCAAAAUUUUGGCUCCCAAAGUAUUAGCUUCGUUUGUCAUCCCUUUAAAGAUUACCUGAUCUUAAUUCGCUGCCCUUCAAAGUACGUGCAAGAAUUAAUUUAUAACUAUUGGCAACCUAAAUUUAAAAAUUUUUCGGUCGUGGUUGAUUGUUUACCUAAUUGUAUCUAAUUACGCAGCACAUUCUAGUUUCUUUACUGCACGCGACAGAGAGAAAAAUUCCUUCCCGAAACAAUUUUAUCAUGACAUGUUUUUCAAUUGCUUAAUAUGUUAAACUGAAAUGGAAUGAACAGAAGUUAUUCGCAUCCUAAACAAAUCUUCGCCUUUCUUCGAAAUCCUCGUCGUAGAAUUAGCUUAUAGAACAGGUUGUCAGGUCAAAGAUGACAACAAUAACACCACGCUUACAAGAGUUACAGGAUUUGUUUUUCAGAAAGGACCUAACGAUCAGAUCUAGGUCUUUCCUGCGUUUGCAAGUUAACUAGGCGGGUAUAAAAUUAGUUGUUCUCGAGCAAAGCACGAUGCAGCUAUUGUUUACAAAAGAAACCCUGUGCAAUUAUUUGCAGAAAUAUUGCACAACCACAAGUAUUCGAAGACCAAGGUCAUGUUUCAUUUUCAAACGCAAGAUUCCUUGGCCGAAAAAAGGCCUCCUCUUGCCAUCUAAGCGAUUGUUUUAAGAAAUUUUUAAUUAAGAUUGAUAAAAGGGAACACGAGCGGCUCCAGUUGUGACAUGAUCAUCGUGCAAAAUAAGAGUCAUGGCCUCGUCAUGGGCCUCGUCAUGUGCCUCGCCAGGGACCACACCGGUACUGGCAUCAACAAAUUUUUUUUAGAACCACGGGUGAUAAGUGACGGUGUGGUCCCCGGCGAGCCACAGUUUGCAAAGGAGGCAGGGUUACCAAGCUGGUUUUCAACGGUUGUGUGACGUGUGAAAGUGAAUGUGGGCUGUUAGCGACGUCUAAACUGGAAACUUUUGAAGCAAACUGCGGCUUAGCGUCGGCUUCACGAAGAAGACUGAGUAUGUGGUGAAUUGAAAUGAAACUACAGUAUAUGUGCUUGGAUUAUGCGUUCGAUAUGUGGCCGCCCGGUCAUGUUGAGCUUGGAAUAUUUUGCUUCUUGGAUCAGGCGUUCGGAAAUGGAGUGUGCAGCCCUGGCCUUCUCUUAAGUAGUAAACCUAAAAAGAGAUAACUCACUAAAAUGGGUUCUUUUCAACAUCGUAUACGGUCAGAUAACAAGCUCUGCACUGUGGAAGUAAGGUGAGGUAUUUUAUUGAGAAUUUUACUGUAUUUUUUUAUUCCUGAGAGCGGUUGUAAAUAUUCCCAUACAAACUCUUAUAAUUUCGCAAUGACUCAUAUUUUGCAAGAUGAUCAUUUCACAGUUGGAGCUUAGGCCGCCUGUGGGGGGAAAGGAAAAAGCAGGUAUUACGUCUUUAAAUACCACGUUAGGCAAAAGUCCGUUUUUAAAUAAGAUUUUCAUUUGAAAUUGUCACUAAGGCAAAUACAUUGUGCUCGACUGAGCAUUUCCCUCCUCCUGGCCUUUGAACUGUCGAAAAAAAGGAUUUUUUUUAAACACAAAAAUUGUUAGACAAACACACGCAAAGGUGACUAGUUGACGCUCGUCUCUUGUCUCAGGCUGUAUACAGGAAAUCAAAUAAGCUAAUAUUAACCUCUAUUGAUUGCCCGCUUGGAGAAAUGACUAUCAGACGUCUCUUACUAGGGAGUCUAACGGAGAUGAGAGACAGAGCUCGAGAUUAAGGCUACUAGAAGGACGCCAUCGUUGACAAUAAACCCAGUGUUAAUAUCGAGUUACGGUAUUGUUUAAACAAGACUUGAAGGAAAAUGAAAGCGAAAGUGACGAAAUGAGUACUCAUCGACAACUCGUGACUGCCAAGAGGAUCCAUUGACCUUAAAGUACCUCCUGUAAUAGACCUUUUUAUAGUUCCCUGCGCCGUAUUGAAAAUGCAACCGCGCGCACGUGAGAACGAGGCUGGGGUUGACUCGCGUUAAAUCUCUGUGAGCGCUUUUGGUGAAAUUCGUACGUGGGCAGUAAAAUUGUUCGAUUUUUAAGGAAAAUGGAUUUUUCUCCCAAAAAGAUAGGAAAGCAGUGUGCCGCUUUUGGUUGUUCAAAUACAUUUUAUGGCCCCAAUGGUUUGCCAACGAGCUUUCACUUCUUCAAGUUUAUGCACGGAGGCAUGUAUUUUUGCUAAGUAUUUAUCGUUCUAUACUUAUCUUAUUCUCUGUGAAUUAUGGAUGAGGGUAACUAUUGUUGCAAAAUAAGUACACAUUUUCUAGUAGGUACUUGAAUUGUUUUAAGUUCAGUAGAGUUUUUCUUAUUCCGGCAGCAAGUCAAGAAGUUCAGUGCUGCUCACCUAUUUACUGCAUGGCUUGCCUAAAACACUCCUAGCAGAGAAACUCUUGGAAAGUAAUUUCUUUUAAUAAAAUAACCAAGACACUGUAUCUUCAGAGUUUUCACUUAUUAUGGCAGACCCAGAAAACUGACUCAAAUUUGGUAGCAAUUGUGACAAAAUCAGUUUUCAGUGGUUGUUGUUUUUGUUUUUUAUGAUAGCAUAGUAAUCCACUAUGGAUGCCACAUGGAACUCUCAAAAAAUAUUUUGUGUGCUUUAUGUAUCAAUCAAUUUGAUGCUUCAAAUUGAAAAAAAAAAGUGAGUUUCACUAACUAAAAGAGUUCUCGACACAAAGAUGAACUAUGACACUAAAUUUUAUUAUUCACAAAAUUGUCCUCAUAAUAAAAAGUUUGAUAGAAGUCUCGCAAAAAAUAAUUUCUCAUACAUUUCAAUGGUCUGAAAGAUUCUCUUUCAAACAAAUCUUAUGGUAACUACAACAAGAUAAAAUAAAUAUCUUGAUUUGGAUAUAUUUCUCAAUCUUUUAAGUAUCGUCUUUACAUCUCAAAAUUAUAUCAUAACAUUGGUUAGCACAAUGUAGUAAGAACUAGUAUAGCAAACCUUUGUGUCAGAAGGCCUUUGAGUGCUAAGAAUGGGAAUAUCAAUUUAUUGAAUGUUUAUCACUGACAGAAACUUAAAUGUGUAAAGGACUAGCAUUGUUGAGAUCGGUGGCUGAGAGGAAGCAUUUCUGUUCUCUUCCUUUAACCCUUAAAUACCCAAGAUCUGAUUGUCAAUUCUCCCUUCUAGUUGCUACACAUUUACUUGUAAAUAAGUUAUGAGAAUUUGAUGUAAGUUCAAGAUAACUUUUGCCUGAUAAGUUUCAGUAUUAACAUUAUCUGUUUGCUGGAUAGUGUUUGGAGAAGUUACAUGAAUCAGUCACUUCUAUGAGUUUUUAAAUUGUCUAAUAUUUUGGUCUGAUUCUUUCAAUGGUGUCUUGCCACCUAAUAAAUUACCAUGAGUCAUGAACUGAAAUGGUUUUCAAUGUAUCACAAGUAUAAGUUGUCCUGGGCCAGGUGGGUAUGAAAAUAUUUUGACAUCUGUUAGUUACAGUUUUCCUCAUGGGUUGAUAGAAACAAGGGUUAUAAUCAAGUGGUUCUACAGGCUCCACUGUAUAGUUUCCCAUAAGAUAAAAUGUACAAAUCUACUGCUCACAGCAGCUGUACAAAAUUAUUUUCAAUAUAAUUGGAGGUUAUUAUAAAAUACCAUGCCACAUUUUUUUAUGAGUCGUGAAGAGGAAUUUAGCAUAACAUCGUACAACUGUGGCAAGACAGGAACUACAAUUAUAGUUAAUCUACAAUAUCGUAAGGGUUUCCUUGUAUUGAUUUCGGAAAAAUUAAUGGAAAUAUUAUAUUGUUUUAAGUCAUUUUAUGCAAAUUAUAAAAAGGGCAGGUUGAUUACUUCUUACUCCUUCUUGGUGGUCUUAUCUUAAAGUUUGAGUUUGGUCACGUUCUUUUUGGGAGUUUAAUCACGUUCUCCUAGUGAGUUUAAUCCCGUUUUCGUCGUUGUGAUCGUGAGGUUGACAUGGAACUCGUGAUAAGCCAUGUUCUUAAUUAAGUUAAUUUGUUAGUCCAGGAAGAAUAAAUCUCCCUGGUAAUAGGUCGCGUUCGACACCUUCUUGUCCCCAGAGGUAAUUUAAGGUGUAAACAGGUGAUACCCCUCAUGUUUCGCAACUUAAAGCAACUUGGGGGCGGUACUUGUGAGCGCCUUUCUUCUUUAACUCUUGUGACCAAGAUGUUGUUAUGUAACAAUCUUAAAAGGUGAUUUUCUCUUCAGAUACCCUUACAGGUAUAAACAAUACUCUGACACAAGAUUACUUGUAAUUUUUAUAUUAUCGAUCUCGUUUCGGUUCUGACCGAUCUCAAGUCCCCGUUGUAUUAAUUUGUGAAGAAAGAGAAUAAAGAAGAAUUAACCUAUCAAACGACGUGUGCUAGUAUCAUAGAUUGAAUUUUUCGUAUUUUGUCUCCCUCGUGUGACAUAAUGAAGUAACUUUUAGUCAAUAUUUGCAAUUUUUAAUGUUUUCGAAAUUAGGUCGCGGGGUGAUCUCCCUUAGGAAGUCAUGACGUUUCGCUUUCGUUUUCCAUCCUUGAUGAGAGAAGCUGCAGCUGAGUUCGCUGCUACCUUCAUCUUACUGGUGAGUGUUGCAUGAAGCAAAUAUAGUGAAAGAUCUUACCAUUUCAACUAUAUCUGUUAUUUCAAUAAAGCUGGCGUUCUGAAAAGGAGGGUAAAGUUUUCCCUCUACUUAGCCACUCACAAAAUUUUUAUACUGUUGGUAGUCUUGAUUGAUCACUGCUUUUGGAAAUAAACAGAAUUCUAUUCUACAGACUUUUGGAAUUGGAUCAGUGGCGCAGAUGGUUCUCAGUAAGGGGAAGUUUGGAACUUUCUUCUCUGUCAACUUUGGUUGGGGAAUUGGCGUAACGCUUGGCUGCUACUGGGCCGGUGGGAUUUCAGGUGUGCCAUAUGGGUUUACCUUUUUAGUAGGUAUCAGUGACUAAGAAGGACUUGGCGCACUCAGACUAUAUCAUGGCGAUUGUGCAAAACAGGUUUCCAGCCAGUCUUCUUUGGAAGACAAGGUCUUUUACAAGGACUCCCUGGCUCUUUACUCCUACACCUGUCUUUCACCAACACGAAAACCCAAACCAUUUUAUUCGUACCUACUUUUAAUUUCUUUCUAAUUUCGUCAUUUUACACCCCUUGUCAAUCUUCGAAAACCCUAGCCAUCAUCGUUCGUUUUAGUACCUCUGACCUUCCGAGCUUAUCCGACCAAGCAAAGAAUUAUUCCAAGGUUUAUUCAAUUUAGAGACGAUCACACAUUUGCUAGGCUCUCUUGCCCGUGUUGAACCACGUUUCCAAAGGCAUGAUUAAUUAACGUGUAAUGAUCGUUUGCAGGAGCUCACAUGAACCCCGCGGUCACAUUGGCCUUUGCCGUCGUCGGGAGACUUCCAUGGAAGAAGGUUCCCGUAUAUUGGAUGGCACAGAUGUUGGGAGCUUUCGUCGCUUCGGCUUGUGUUUAUGGAGUUUAUUAUGGUGGGUUACUUGCAAGGACCACUAAUAGUACUCAUUAUGAUUAUUUCAAAUAGCUUUAGAUCAUAUUUAAAGCGUUUUCGUGGUUCUCAUGAACUUUAAAUACAAAAUAUUUGACUCACAGAAUAGUCAAUCAUCUUGAUCCGUCGUUUUCCCUAAUUCGGGUGAAAAGUUUUUCAUUUCACAUUUUUUUUUGUCUAUUGUAUUAAAGAAUCAUAAAACCAGGAGUCAUAGACUUGACCUAAGGCAUAACUAAGUGUCUUCUUAAAUCAUAGUUUGUUUGUUUGUUUGUUUUUGUUUGCCGGGUCGGCUAUUUGUCCACAUGACUAUUUCUACGGCUGACCAUUUGUGACUUCAUAGAUGCAUUGAAUGCGUUUGACGGAGGAGUACGACAGAUAUUGGGUGAUAGUGGAACUGCAGGGAUCUGGGCAACCUAUCCCCAGUCUUUCUUGUCUACAUGGAAUGGACUAGGAGACCAGGUAAAUUCCAUAUCUUACGUUAACCCUUUAACCUCUGAACAUGAUCGACAUCUAAUUUCUCCCAAAAAUUCCCGUCUCAUUCGCGUUACGUCACUUAAUUGAAACUAUACUAAAAAAAAGUCCACUAAUCAAGGCGUGAAAUUGCGCCUAAUACAGGCGCCAGUGCGACUAAAUUUUUCACUUUGGCGACCAAAUCCGAAAAGUAGUCGCCAAAUUGGUGACUAGAAUGCUUCAUCAUAAUUAUACCUAGAGAUAUAGUGAAUUAAAAAGAUUUGCAAAGAGAAAUCCGCGGCAAACUUCCUCGUUAAGUUUGUUUAAUUUUCAAAACGCAGCACAUGCAUCUUGAUCGAUAAUUAGACGCCAUCUUGGAUUUAGGUGAGCUUGAAGGUUGUAUAUCACCCAUCCUAGUGUCAACUGUGUAGAACUUUGUAGAACUUAAUUUUGGAGGGUCUAUCUAGAAUGCUGACAGCGUUAAAAAAAAAAAAAAAAGGUUUUGUUUGUCUUUAAAAAAUGGCGACCAACCUUUUUUUUGUAUUGGCUGCCACUUUGAAAAAUUUAGGAGCCAAGUGGCUAUCAGAAAAAAAAUAAUAAUUUCACACCCUGCUAAUACUAUUACCUAUUCUUCAUUCAACUUUGUUAGGUGUUUGCCACAGCCCUGUUGGUCGGGUGCGUCUUCGCCAUCGUCGAUAAGAACAAUAAUGCUCCCGACCAAGGCGUGGCACCAGUCAUGAUAGGUCUGCUCGUAUUUGUGAUCGGCGCCACUUUCGGGUUCAAUUGUGGUUACGCUAUCAAUCCUGCGAGGGAUCUGGGACCAAGGUUAUUUACAGCAGUGGCUGGAUGGGGCAGUGGAGUAUUCACGUGAGUAUCACGUUUAUGUUCAAAUUCCAUCAUCGGAGAUUCAAGGGAAGAAAUUCGGAGCCGCGUUGAGCGGUUUUAAAUGUAUACCACACGAUCUCUAGGGAUGUCCUCACUCUUACAUGUGCCUUUUAUUUUUUUUCGGGACAACUUUCCCAAUUAAUUCAGUAACAUUGAUAUUAUUAGUUGUUUAUUUUAGCUUUAAAAUGUUAUAGAAAACACUUUCCCAGGUUAAGGGUAAUCUUCGAAGUUUUUUGUUCUCGUUUCUUUCUUUUCUUUUCUCUGCUCUUGUGUGUUAUUGCUCAUAGUAGUAGUUACUUCCAUGAACAUGAAAAUUGAUUUAAAUAGCGAGACGAUGACCUCGAUAUUAGAGUCUCAUCAUUACUGAUUCCUUGAAUAAAUAAUAAAAAAUUUUAUUGCAGUGCGGCUAACAAUUGGUCGUGGGUUCCAGUCGUGGGAUGCAUGUUGGGCGGAGUCCUGGGUGCCCUGGUAUACAUUGUUCUUAUCGAAAUACACCACGUUCCAGGAGAUGAUGGGGAGACUGGUUACGAACUUCAGUCAGUCUUUUCAACUAAUCCCGAGUUUACAAGGUCUAGGACUCAAGAAAAUGGUCUGGGUAUGGGAAACAUGGCCUUUACUGAGGAUGGUAUGCGUCAACUUACUUGCCAGGGACCUACGAUGAGUGUGGUUGAAAAGACAUCUCAGCUGUAACUAUUUGAUGAGUUGUUGCUGUGUAUUUAACUCGAAAAAAAUUCGAAAAAAAAAAAAAUUAUUUUGGCUUUUGUAAUUGUGUAUUCUUAUUCUGCAUCUUGGCUUUGCAUUGGAUUAAUGAAGUUGAUAGAGCCGCUGCAUGCAAAGAGUACAUUCCAGUGAUUUUUAAAAUGAAAUCAUGGCACUCGAUGUUCCGACUUAGUCACGCUUCAGUGAAUUUUUAAUUAUGACAUAUAUCAUGCUUUUAAAAGACGUUUAUAACUAAUUAAUUAGAAUUUGCUAGAAAUAAAAGAAGUGCCUCGCAAUUUUUUGAAGAAAAAAAAUUCACCUUAACAAAUCGUUGCGAUAUACUGCUUUUUUUAAUAAAUCUUCCAGCGCUGCAUUGUUUGAUCUGUUGUUUAUCGAAUGAAAACGUCACAGGAAAAAAAAAGAGAAGCCUUUCCUCCUUACGCUGUGUAUGCGAAAAUAUUUGCAAAAGACUUUAACCAGAUUUCCAUUUCUUUAGGUUUAGAAUUGGGCUCGUAGCCUUUUUACUUUUUUCGCCAUUUUUCCCUACUAUAGUUUGGGUUCGGACCUGUGGACUUGACAGGAAUGUUUGAAGAGAAGAAAGCCCUAUGAAAAGGGAGCUUUGUUUUACACUGUAACUUUACAAAAACGACUUUUGACGAUGAAAAUGUAAUAUACCCAAGUUUACUUCGAU